AGGAAUCUUCAAAACAAGAUGGCGGAACUUCUGGUUUAGUUAUUGUUGAGCUUUUAUUCUUCAGGUUUUCUCCUUCUGAGAUUGGAGAAUUAUGUAUACACUUAUACCGAGUGCAUCUAGAGUCCUGUAUAUACUGAAUGAAUUCUGAUUGAUGACUUGAUGGCGACUAAAGGCCCGUCCUUAGAGCCAGCCGUCAAAGGCACCACUCAUGUAAGCUUCGUAUGUCAGCGAUGCUACCAACCCCUCAAGGUCCACAACUCUAUUACUUCCGUGGACACAGACACGCUAGCUGAACUCACAGCACCUCUACCACCAUUUGCAACUAAGGAUGAUGAUGUAGCGGCAGAUGAGAGCAGAGAUGCUGAUUGCUCCGCCUCUCCUCGCAAGUGUUUAGAAGGAGAAGAAGAUAUGGUGAUUAGAAAAAAUAUUCUACCUAAAAGAAUGCACUCCAUUGAAGGGAAUGGGUUUACUCUGAUUGGCGACGUCCAAGCUGUUAAGCCUGACAAUCUUAGCCACAGACUAAAGGUGACAACCCAGCUGUUUGACAUUAUGUCUGGCCAGACGGAGGUGGACCACCCCUUGUGUGAGGAGUGUACAGAUGCCCUACUGGACCAGCUGGACCAGCAACUGAGGAUAACUGAAGACGAACUCAAGGAUUAUAAGGAAUUCUUGCAUAAACUCAACAGCCAGCAACUGACAGGUAGUGAGUCUCUAUCCAAGGAGCUUGAGGACCUUCAAAAGGAAGAGGAAGAACUCAUUAACAGGCUUGACGAAGUUGAACAGGAGAGACAUGAUGUGUCUGAGGCUCUGAAGAAGGAAAAGGAGAUAUCAAAACAGCUUGAAGAAGCAGAGAAAGCUUAUUAUACAGAGUAUUGCGAAUACCAGAGAGAAUUACUGGACUUUGAAGAUGAGAAGCAAAGUGUGGAUAACCAGAUGAUGUACGCCCAGGCACAGCUUGACAAGCUCAAGAAGACAAAUGUGUUCAACAGCACAUUCCAUAUAUGGCACAAUGGUCAUUUUGGUACAAUCAACAAUUUCCGUCUUGGUCGCCUUCCUAGUGUUCCCGUUGAGUGGAGUGAAAUCAAUGCGGCUUGGGGACAGACGGUAUUGCUGCUGCACUCUCUAGCUCGCAAAAUGAAACUUACAUUUGAAAGGUACCGUCUUGUACCAUUUGGGAAUCACUCUUACAUAGAGUCACUAUCAGACAAGUCCAAGGAGCUACCCCUAUAUGGUUCCGGUGGGUUCCGCUUCUUCUGGGAUACAAAAUUUGACCAAGCCAUGGUAGCAUUCCUAGACUGUCUACAACAAUUCAAGGAAGCUGUCGAGAAGGUCGACAAGAGAUUCUGUCUGCCAUAUAGAAUGGAGAAGGGGAAAAUCUAUGAUUCAAGUGGCAGUGGUGGCGCUUUCUCAAUCAAGAUUCAGUUCAAUUCUGAGGACCAGUGGACAAAAGCGCUGAAAUUCAUGCUUACUAAUCUGAAGUGGGGGCUCGCAUGGGUGUCAUCGCAAUUCACGGACUGAGUUGGACUUAAAUCUAUUUACGAACGUAAUAUUCCGAUAAUUGAAAAAUAAAAUAUAUUUAAAUAGA